CCCUCUCCAACCCCCGAGCUCGCUCGCUGCCUCCUCCGCGUCCUGGUGGCCGUAGCGGGCCGGGCCAAGCCUCAGGCGGGAGAGAAACGGCAGCCUCGGGGCGUGAGAGUCUCUCCCCGCCCCGGGAGGGGGUGGCGAGGUCAAGGUGGCGUGAAGACAGGGUGAACGCGGUGCCCCCCGCGCGGCCCCGAGGCCCCUUCUUCAUUUUGACUGCCUUCUAGGGACCGCCUUUGGCUUUUCGCGUCCUGAGGCACCGACCCUGACCAGCCCGGCGUCCCUUCCCGCCACCCGCCCUGCCCAGCUGGGGCGGAGGGCCGGGGGCGGCGGGAGUGGGCGGCGAGCGCAGGCGGGCGAGAAAAAUCUGCUGGGUCCCAGGCAGCCGCCGCUGCCCCUUUGAUGUUUUGGUACUCCGUGCGCAUGCGCUUCACAUUAGAAUUACUGCACUGGGCAGACUAAGUUGGAUCUCCUUUCUUCAGUGAAACCUUGAAUCCUAUCAAAAACUAAAGGGAUGUGGAGAGUCCGGAAAAAGGGCUACUUUGGGAUUUGGUCAUUCCCCUUAAUAAUCGCCGCUGUUUGUGCGCAGAGUGUCAAUGAUCCCAGUAAUAUGUCGCUGGUUAAAGAGACUGUGGAUAGACUCCUGAAAGGCUAUGACAUUCGUCUGAGACCAGAUUUUGGAGGUCCCCCCGUGGCCGUGGGAAUGAACAUUGACAUCGCCAGCAUCGAUAUGGUUUCUGAAGUCAAUAUGGAUUAUACCUUGACAAUGUACUUUCAGCAAGCCUGGAGAGAUAAGAGGCUGUCCUAUAAUGUAAUACCUUUAAACUUGACUCUGGACAAUAGAGUGGCAGACCAGCUCUGGGUGCCUGAUACCUACUUCCUGAAUGAUAAGAAGUCAUUUGUGCACGGAGUGACCGUCAAGAACCGCAUGAUCCGCCUGCAUCCGGAUGGAACAGUCCUUUAUGGCCUCAGAAUCACAACCACAGCUGCCUGUAUGAUGGACCUAAGGCGAUACCCAUUGGAUGAACAAAAUUGCACCUUGGAAAUUGAAAGCUAUGGAUAUACAACUGAUGACAUUGAGUUUUAUUGGCGAGGAGAUGAUAAUGCUGUAACAGGAGUAACAAAGAUUGAACUUCCACAGUUCUCUAUCGUAGAUUACAAACUUAUCACCAAGAAGGUUGUUUUUUCCACAGGUUCCUAUCCCAGGUUGUCUCUCAGCUUUAAACUUAAGAGAAACAUUGGUUACUUUAUCCUGCAAACAUACAUGCCUUCCAUCUUGAUCACGAUCCUCUCCUGGGUCUCCUUCUGGAUUAAUUAUGAUGCAUCAGCUGCAAGAGUGGCAUUAGGAAUUACAACUGUCCUCACAAUGACCACGAUCAAUACCCACCUCCGCGAGACUCUCCCUAAGAUCCCCUAUGUGAAGGCCAUCGACAUGUAUCUCAUGGGCUGUUUCGUGUUUGUUUUCAUGGCCCUUCUGGAAUAUGCUUUGGUCAACUACAUCUUCUUUGGGAGGGGACCCCAACGUCAAAAGAAGGCAGCUGAGAAGGCUGCUAGUGCCAACAAUGAGAAGAUGCGCCUGGAUAUCAACAAGAUUUUUUAUAAAGAUAUUAAACAAAAUGGGACCCAAUAUCGAUCCUUGUGGGACCCAACUGGAAACCUCUCCCCAACUAGACGGACUACCAAUUACGAUUUCUCUCUGUAUACGAUGGACCCCCAUGAGAACAUCUUACUGAGCACUCUCGAGAUAAAAAAUGAAAUGGCCACAUCUGAGGCUGUGAUGGGACUUGGAGACCCCAGGAGCACAAUGCUGGCCUACGACGCCUCCAGCAUCCAGUACCGGAAAGCUGGGCUGCCCAGGCAUAGUUUUGGCCGAAAUGCCCUGGAACGACACGUGGCACAGAAGAAAAGCCGCCUGCGGAGACGCGCCUCACAGCUGAAAAUCACCAUCCCCGACUUGACGGACGUGAACGCCAUAGACCGGUGGUCCCGCAUAUUCUUCCCUGUGGUUUUUUCCUUCUUCAACAUCGUCUAUUGGCUUUACUAUGUGAACUAAAGUAGCCUCCCAUGGGAAGCAAGGACUAGAUUCCUCCUCAAACCAGUUGUACAGCCUGAUGUAGGACUUGGAAAACACAUCAAUUCAGGACAAAAGUGAUGCUAAAAUACCUUAGUUGCUGGCCUAUCCUGUGGUCCAUUUCAUGCCAUUUGGGUUGCUUCUGCUAAGUAAUGAACACACUAUGGUCCUUGCGGUUUUCCAGUUAAAGUGCAAGUGAUUUGUACACAUGCUGGCAGGACUGAGACUGAGUGUUCCACAUUCUCUGCUGAGUAUGCAGCCUCUAGGGAGGGGGAUUAUAUAGAAGAUAGUCUUAGAAGGAUCAAUAGCAUUGUGAGUCAUCUCACUGAGAUGUGGUUGUAUCCAGAUACUCCCCAUCUUCAUUCCUGAGAUUGGCAUGCUGUGAGAUGGCACCGUGCUUAUGAAACAUAAUCUGUAAUGUCAUGCAAACAUGAUGACUGAAGAUGGUCUGUGCUGUUUAUGAAGGUGGUAAUUGUGCCAUGGGAAGAUCCCCCUGAAUUCUAGAAGGUUCUCAUGGAGUUUAAAUAGGAUGGGAGUCAAGACAGAGACUCAGGACCUAAUUUAGCCCAGUCUCUGUUUGCUUGAGCACAGGGAAUCAAUCAUGUCUUCCACUUUGACAUUUAGAGGUGGGGAGACUUCCGAACAUUGUCAUGCAUGGCAGCCAAAGAAUUUUUUUCUAAAAAACUAUUCAGCAGAUGGUUAAAAUAAGAGUUAACAAUCCUGAGCAGAGUGGAAAAUCCAGAAGCAACUCUUAUAGCAAGAUUAAGCAAGGGAGCAGCGUGACCUUUAUUGGCCCUGCACAGUAUCUGGUCCAUAUAUAUUAUGUUUGAGUGGCAAAAGGUAGAGUGAGAGAGAUUUUUUUUUCCAACCUUAUAAGGUUUUCACAGCAUACCUAAAGAGGUUUUUAGUGUAUCUAAUCAAAAGGCAACCACAAAAUAGAAAAGUUAAUGAAUUAAAAGUAUCUUAGAUGUAGGUUAGAUUGGUAGUUGGUCAGUUAUACUAAUAUAGAGCCCAGACAAAGCUAGCAAGCAUUCUGCUUUUCUCUGACAAUGUCAACUGUCUCCACAACAUUUUCCAGUACAUUUAUUUCUGAAUUUAAUAGGGUAUUUCAAAAGAAGGAUGUGUUCAUUCCUUUAAAGGAUUAUGGUCCUUUCUAGCUUUUCUCACUUCUGAAAUUCUGAUUAUAUUCUAAGGAGACAGACAAAGUAAGUCUUUGGAGAGAUUUACUGAACUAUAUUUCCUUCUGUGCAAUGAAGUCCACCUUUGUAUUUUUCAUAGAAAAAAAACACUUCAAAGAUCAUGUGCACAAGUAGAGUUAGUUUGUGGGUUUGUUAGGUUUGAUUUUUUUUUAAGGGUGCUUUCAUUGUGUAUGUUCUAUCUGCCUAAUCAAAGAAAAUACAAAAAGUAGUGGAAAAGAGGAUAACAACAAAGCCACAUUAACUUGAUGAAUGUUAUGAGCCUCACUCAAUAUUGCAGAAAAAAUAUAUAACUGAUAACCAGGCAGGCAUGAUUUAUUGUUUUUAUUCAAUGCUUAAAUUACAUUGAUGUGCUUCUUUCUAUACUAAUUGGACUUGUGAAUUCAUAUGUUGGGCAAGAAAGAGAAUAAGCUAAUAUAUUUUAUUUCUAUCAAUGUGAGGUUCAUAUUUAACUUUUCUUGGAGAAAACAGUGUAUUGCUAAUUUUUUGUUAAAAGUUUGAUUUGAUUGAACUUUUUCUUGGAAAUGAAUUUGCUCUUUCUACUUAAAAACAAAACAAGACAAAACCUUCUUCAGAGUAACAUCCCGAAUUGUGCAUAGUAACCAAAGCUGGCAUCUGCCUGUGGAUAAACUGUAUGUUUCCUUCCUCUGAUGAUUUUAGCAGCUGGAAUGUGAUGGAGUCCUGCUGUCCUUCCAUUUCAACUGUUAGAGAGAAAAAAAAAAAAAAGCUUUAGCAUUCAGCUUUCUGCAUUUGCCCCAAGAUGAGAUGACUUUUUUUUCUUCACCAGCAUAGGGAAUCAUUGCAAUGGUUCUCACGAACCAUUAUUUUUUGAUUUUACACUUGAACACCUCUGAGUAUCCGACCAAGGUUCUGUCCAUGGGCUCAGAGUAGAGAUUUCUUACAUUUUUCCAGGGACACACUUUCUCCUAGGCAAUAAUUUUGGGCAUCACACUAAUAAAAGUGCCUGCCCUUUGCUGCCAGGGAUUAAAAUUUGAGUAGCAUAUAUCAGGAAGGAGCAUAUUGAUAACUCAGGUGCACAACUCCAAAAUGCCAUUCUGAAAAGGUUUUUCUAGAGACAACUCAGAGCCCAAGUCUGGAAGGGGGCUCUUAUUUGCAAUUCAUCAUAAAAGCCAUAAAAAUUCUUGAUAUUGUCAUUUAUGGUUACAACACAAUUUUGAUAUCCAGGGAAGUCAACAGGGUAAUCUAGAUCAAAGUGGAGAGAAGCAACUUCGCAGCAGGAGCCUCAAUAGCAUAUGACCAUGGAUUCAUUUCUGCUCACAGAAACUAGGAAAGGAGAAAGAUGGGGCCUUGGAUCAGAUGCCUUAGAGUGAGAUCCAUACAUUGGCAUUCAGUAAACACAUGGGUAGAAACAACUGCCCAGAGGUAACAGUAGAUGUAGAAUUUAUUCUUAAACUGUAUUUUUACUGUAGUUGAAUUAGAUUGUAGUCACUAAAUUGGGGGAGAGUUGAGGAGGGCUGCUAGUUCUCAUGAGUCUAUGAAGACUAGUCAGCUUGAUGUCCAGUGGUUAAAUAUAAGGACCACAAAAGUGUGUUUUGGCAAUUCUGAUAUGGUAUUACUAUCAGUUUACACAUACAUAUGUAUAGUUUUCUUUUGAUUAUAAAACAGCCAGAUAGCCAGCAAUUAAGGUGUUUUUCAUCUUUGUGAAAUUCAUAGACAAAUUCUAAAAUGCACAGUUUAAAUGAAAUAUUUGAUCUCAAUCUGUAUAUAUAUAUAUUGUACAUGACUGCUAGUAGGUAUGAAAUGCAUUUUCAGAACUGAAAACUCAUGCAACAUAAUCAUGUGUUUGCAUAAGGAAUGUUACUAUUCUUUCUACUGCAAUUUAAUAAUGGGAAAAUACUUAAGCAGUGCCAUCUAGACCUUUUCUCAUGUCUUCAAAAACAGUGCUAAGUAAAAAAAAAAAGUUAAUAAAAAUGGUUUAUGAAGCAAAAGACCUUACAUUCUAGCAUUAGGGAUACAAAAAGUCUGUCAGCUUACAAAAGCACAACACAUAGAGAAAGUUCAGUGAAAUGCAUAAAGAGGAAAUGAAUCGCAUUUAUAUUAAGCAAGACCUGCAUUAAAUUGGCAACUAACAGAAUUUUCAUUUUCAAUAGGUAACUGUUCCAAUUUUAUGAUUAACUGAAUAUUCAACAACAAAAACAGCAAAACAACCAACAAACAACAGGUCUUACAACAUAUCUACAUGUAUAUAUGUGUAUAUAUAGGUCCACAUAAACAUACAUACAUGUAUAUGCAUCAUAUGUUGGAAAACAAAAGGAAUAAGCUAAUAUGUUUUAUGUCCUUCAUUAAACCAGCAUAUGCAUAUUUUUAAUUUGGCAACCUAUAAAUCAACAUAUUGAAACAAGUAAUACAGGGUACUGAGCAUUUCUCUAUCAGCAUUUCUCUACAGUUCUCACGAACCGUUGCACAGUUUGACACCACAAUAGUACUGUACCUCGGAACAUCGCAAAUUAACUAGUUCUCCCACUGCUUGUCUACCUGCUCUUUUUCAAGGAAACAAUUGACAUUGUCCAUUGGUGAUUUAAAAACAAAAAUGUCUUAAGAAAACAAACAAAAUGAUGAAAAAAAUUCCUCCUAGGAGGAAGAAAAAAAAAUAACUAAAUCCACCAUGUUGGUUAGGGCAAAUAUCCUCAACUGUAGCCAUCCUGCCAUUUUGCUAAGUGUACAGAGUCCAUGUAAUGUGAGCAACCAUAACUUUCACUGAGCAUAUGUAAAUAUUAAAACAGAUUUCUUAAAUAUUUUUAACUUCUAAUUUGUAUUUUAUGGUAAGGCAAUGUGCUAAUUCUGUUUAUGGCUUAAGUUCAUGUGUUAUAUUAUGUAAAUAAUUAAACAUGCUGUAAAUGAAUAGUCAGUAGAUACAAAUAAUUGUUUAAUUUUUUCCUAGUUUUUCUCGAUUUUUUACUAAGUACAGUUAUUGCAGUGCCCCAGCAGAGUAAUUUAAACACCCUUUUGCAUAAAUGGUUGGGAUCCCAGAAGGAAGGGUUUCAAUUUGCUGUCACACACACACGCACACAUACACAUAUGCACAUACACAUACACAUGCACACACAUUCAAGCACACAUACUCUAUCACUUGCCCACUCACUCACUCUCACUCUCACCCUUUUUGUUGGAAAUGCUGUAGUGUUUGUGUAGUCAGUUAGCAACCAAGAGAUAGCUUUAGAAAUGGAAACUGGGAAAAACGGAAAUGAUCAUUGAUACCUUGAUAGAGUUUUUUUAUAUAUGAGAGUUUAAGAAACCAAAGGUUGUAACUUAAGUUUCAAUUUUCAAAGAGUAAAAGUUUAUACUAAUGGCACCACAGGAAAUAAAAAUGCCUAUUCAUACCUGCUCCAUAAAUUUGUUAUACCUAAUACAUACUAGAAGACUGUUUUGUUAAAUAAUAGCAUUUUGUUCUUAGAUAGUAUUGUUCCUUUUAACCAAAGACUCCAGAAUUACUAAAAAACAAAAAAGAAAAGAAAAAAGGAAAAAUGGUGGAAAAUUGAAAAAAAAAGAUAACUGCUUCACACCAAAGGUAUAAAAAAUAUUUUCCAAAUACACUAGGAACAUUGUAAAAAGGAAUAAGGAGCAAACACAAUGCUAAUUAAGAUACUGCCCUAAAGAACUCAUUUACUGAAAAAAAAAAUCUCUCUUAAACAUCUAUUAGUUAUUUGGAAAUUGAAGCAAAUAUUUCUGUAAAUAUAUGCAAAAGUCUGACAUCAGAUUUUAUUUUGCUUUGAGAAGUCCUUUUAUGAUAAAUAUGAUUCAAAAUGAUGGAAAACAAAACUUUGUGUUUUUUAACUUUCAAAAUCUAAUGUCUCCCUUGUCAUAUGUUAACCUGAGGUCUGUAUGUAUGUCCUACACCAUCUGAGGCAAGUUGACAGUUUCAUCAGCUUGUAUUGUUCCCUUCUCAGUUCAGAAAUUUGAGUUCCCCCAUGAUCACUUUAAACACAAUUAAUUCAAAGUUGCAAAUAAUUUAAAUUCCAUAACAUGUUUCAUUUUUAUCUGCAUGGGUGUUCAAAUAUUCUGUUAUCAGUAUUGUCCCUGCACAGUUCUGAAAUGUCCUUUUAUAAAAAGUGAUAUUCUAGUUUCUUCACAAUGUAAUGAUUAUCGGCCUUACUAAUUACCUUGUAGCCUUUCUUAAUAUGCACAUAAUGCACAUUUUUCCAGUGGCUAGAAAACACAGAACACAAGUGAACAUCAUUGCAUUUAUUUUCAUGUCUUUCUAAAAACAGGAUUACUAAAAUCUCUGGGAUACAUGAGAUAGUAACAAAUGAGGAUUAUAAAUGAGUAGCACAUAAGAAUUAUUUUCUUGAAUUUAAACUUAUUACAGCCAGUUUGAGCAUGUAAAUAUCUAAUAAUGUUGGCUAGUGUGUAACUCUUGAACUAAGAAACAUAAAUAAAACUUAAAA